ACAGGGAGAGAGACACCAGCUUUGAGGAAAGGCAGGCACACACAACACGAAAGCCAGUGCUGGAAUUGGGUGUUUUGUACUGUAGAUUGCACUGCAGACCUGUUUCUGGAGGGAAACUGAAGGGCUGGACACAGGAGACGGACACAGGAAUUCCAGGUCACAAGGGCUCCUGUGGCAGAGCUCAGUCCUGGCUGGGUUGGGCUGGGCUGGUAUUCCAACUUCUCCCUCUCACGGUCAUGAGCAUGAAAGAAGCAGAACCAGAGCAGGAGUAAACACAGGUAGAGACGUGUGUGAGCACAGCCUGGGGGGAAACCAAGAGGCUGGCAUCUUACUUCAGGGGUUGACUUCUGGCCUCACUCCAUCAUGAUGGGAUUCUCUGUUGAGUUUGCCUGCUGGUUGCUGGUAGUUUUUGCUCUAGGUGAGAACCACCUGGUGAGUGGAGGUUGUUCAGGGAAGUGCUGCAGAGGCAGAGACACGAACUGUUUGACCACUGACUGGAGGAUGGACCGUGUGCACGGCACAUGCUACUGUGAUGAAGGCUGCGUCAGAACUAAAGACUGCUGCUUUGACUACUUCACAGAGUGUCCAGCUCAGGACUGUGUUGUGAGCGACUGGAGCUUUUGGAGCGGCUGUGCCAAACCCUGCCAGCCUUCGGUGCGAAUCCGUGUUCGUCACAUAGAGCAGCAGCCCCACAACAGUGGCCAGCCCUGCCCCGGCCUUGAGCAACGAGCUGGCUGCAGGGAAUACAGAGACCACCAGGGUAGACACUGUGGCUUCAAUUCAGGUCCUGCAUUCAUCACCAGCAUGGCGUUUGCCAAGGGAAGGCCCAAGCACGACAGCUACGGAAACCCCCUAAACCCUGGGUUUUGUGUGGAAUUCAAGCUAGAGUCACGGACGCCCCACUGUACUGUGGAGAACCGGCCCCACACACUGUGGAUGCGCUACAUAACAGAGGGCUUUAACGUGUGUGUGGCAUGUGAACCUCCUGCCAUGCGAAACAAUACCAGCAGCUGCCAGGGAGACGGUCAGGAAUCAGACAAAGAGACUGUGCUCCACUGGCAGGCGGUGGGGAACCCGCGGUGCAGCGGGACUUGGAAGAAGAUCCAGAAAACUCAGCGGUGUGCCUGUCCUCCACAACACAGUUUUGUCUUCAUCUGAUCUGAAUUUUACGUGAACACCUAAAAACCAAUCAUCAGUGGGCAGCCAGAUGCCUCAACACAUCGUCUCUCUAUCAACACUAAGAGGAGGCCUAAUUUUGCAGAUAUGUCUCUUAAUAUGGUCCAGAUCAGUGUAAAGUAUUUUUAAAUAGCAGAUUUUCAUACACAUUAAAAUAGAAAGACACUUGUACAGCAUUCCGCCUUUUCCUCACACACAUUAAGCACACUUCCUUUUAUUUUGGUUAUAAAACAAUGCUAUUGUACUCUUUUCCAAAUGUCUUGUCUUACACCUUAUUUAUCUAAAA